UCUAACUUACCACAAAUUCACAUCGUCGCCUACCUGCAUGAAUCCGUCCUGUCAGAGCCUUUUCCUGUCCCUUUCCUGUUAGCUAGCAGUCUCAAGCCACAGCAGCAGCUAACGGGAACCACAAUGUCAGCUACAAGCAGACCUAACAGUCGCUAGCGGCGCAGCGGCCUCUGCAGCAGCAGCCUCCCCCGGGUCCUAGCGCCCGCCCGGGACACAGAUAAAGAUGCGUUAAUCUAGGAAAUCAGCACAGUGGUCUCAUUUCUUGUGAAAUCGUCAGUCUUUCUGUCCCACUGCAGCAGAAAUGGCAGAAGCAAAUAUUCUUGUAGCACAUGACCAGUUUAGCUGUUCAGUGUGUCUGGAGCUAUUGAAGGACCCAGUCGCUAUUCCAUGUGGACACAGUUACUGUAUGGGGUGUAUUAAGAACUGCUGGGAUGAGACUGAUCAUACAGGUGUCUACAGCUGCCCCCAGUGCAGAGAGACCUUUACCCCAAGGCCUGUUCUGCGCAGAAACACCGUGCUGGCUGAAGUCGUGGAGGAAUUAAAGAAGACAGGACUCAAUCCUCCUCCUGCUCAAAGUUAUGCUGGACCUGGAGAUGUGCCGUGUGAUUUCUGCACUGGGAGAAAGUUUAAAGCUGUGAAAUCCUGUUUGACAUGCCUGGCCUCUUACUGUGAAACACACGUCAAGCCACACUAUGAGGGGGCUGCUUUCAAGAGUCACAAGCUGAUCAAUGCAACUGGAAAUCUGGAGCAGAAGCUUUGUGCUGAACACCAAAAGGUUUUGGACAUCUUCUGUAGAACCGAUCAGACGUUUAUUUGCUUGUUGUGUACACAAGAUAAACACAAGAGCCACGAUACAGUCUCAGCUGAGACAGAAAGGACUGGGAAACAGGUAAGGGUUUGAACCAUUUCCCUGUAGCUAUCCUAGAAGAUAAGAAUUCCCAGGGAUAUUUAACAUGUCUGUUUACUAGGUUAUACAGUUUCACAAUAGACCAGAUUUGAAUUGUAUAUUAAGAGCUAUUUAAAGAGCCCUAGUUUUUAAUUGCUCUCUCUAAACUCAAAGCCGUAGCCAGCUAUGAGGCACACGAGGCACGGGCCUUGCUUAAAAUCAUGCUAAUAAUAAUUUAUUUAGGUGCUUUUACAUGAUGCUUUGCUGCUUUGUGCAAAUAUAGCACACAGAAAUAAAAGCUGAAAACCUUAAAUAUCCGCUCUGGUGUAUUUAGAAACAAUGGUUAAAGUGUU